AUGACCACCACAACCACUAGUACCUCGACGACAACCACCACCACAACAUCGACCAUCACGACUACAUCGACACUGACAUCAACUUCGACCACAACCACAACAACUACUAGUACGACUACCAUCACAAGUACGUCCACAACGACCACAACCACGUCGACUUCCACAAUCACGACGACCACUACGACCACAAGUACAAGUACCAGCACAACAACAACGACAACCUCAACAACUACCUCUACCACAACGGUGACCACUACCACUACCUCAACUACGACAGCCACUACAACCACGACGAGCACAAGCACCACCACCACAACAGUCACAUCGACCACUACCACGACAAUCACCUCCACUACCACCACAUCAACGACAACGACGACAUCAACCACAACAACAACUCUUACAACGACUUCGACCACGACCGAAACGACAACUUCCACGACCACGACAACUGUAACUACGACCACGACAUCCACGACGACAACGACAGUCACGCAAACCACAACGUCGACCAGCACUACGACCAUAACAACAACGAGCACCACUACUAUCACCACUACAAGCACCACCACAACUACCAGCACCACCACAACAACCACCACGACCAGCACAAGCACAACGACUACUACAACGAGCACGACUACCACCACCGUCACAACAACAGUGACCAGCACAACAACUACAACCACAAGCACAACUACGUCUACAACGACCAUCACGAAAACAAGCACUACAACCACGACCACGUCAACAUCUACCACAACAGUGACCACGACUAGUACCACGACCACGUCAACCACCACAAGUACCACUACGACAACAACCAGCACUAGUACAACUACCACUACAUCCACAAUUACGUCCACAAUCACGACCACCACUACCACUUCCACAACCACAUCAACAACUACCAAAACAACAACCACGACGACCACAACAAGCACAUCAACUACGACCACCACUACUUCGACAUCUACCACCACAACCACUACGUCCACAACGACAGCUACGACGACGACUACAAUCACCACUACCACGACAUCCACGAUCACGACGACCACCACAACCACCACGUCGACCACUACUACAACUACGAGCACGUCCACAUUCACCACUACUACAACCAUUACCACGACUUCCACUACGACGACCACAACCGUGCUGGUGUGCACAGCGCCACCUGACACUACAGGCUAUCUCGUCACUGAGCAUCAGUUGCAACAGGAAGAGUUCAAGGUCACAGUUGCCUGUUCGGACGAGUACAUUGGGAUCGCCUCUGUGGUUGCUUGCACAAAAGCGGACACUGUCUACAAGCUGAGUGGCUGUGAGAAGAAGGUUUUCUGCCGAGCCUCAACAAAGCAAGGUUACGAUGUCGACGAGAGGAGUCUUGUUAUGCAGUCCUUCGAUGUGACAGCGAAGUGUGCAGCUGGCUUUACUGGGUCAGCCAAGGUCGAAGCAUGCACCAAGACGGACGACACGUACACCCUCAGUGGCUGCCAGCCCUUCCGCCACUGCGUGGCACCGGCAUCAACCAACGGCUAUACAAUCGAAGAGACAAGCUUGCGAAUCAGCACUUUCGACGUGAAGGUCGCGUGCGCGGCAGGCUACACGGGGACUGCCGCAGUACAAGCGUGCACCUUUGACGGGGACACUUACUCACUGUCCGGCUGUGAUUUGGAUCCCGUUUGUGUUGCUCCCGAGGGUCUCGAAGCAUACAGUGUGACCGAGUCCAAGCUUCACAAAAGCUCCUUUGACGUCAGUGCUGUCUGUGCAAAGGGCUACGUCGGACAGGCAACGGUGACUGCUUGCACGAACGACGGAGAAAGCUAUGAGAUCACUGGAUGUAAGUUGGACCCGGUGUGCGCGGCUCCGGAGGAUGCAACAGGUUACAUCGUCACAGAGACCCAUCUCAGUCUUAGCAAGUUCGACGUGCAAGUGGAGUGCGCUGUCGGGUUUGAGGGAAAAGCAUCAGCAGAGCCGUGCACGUCAGAUGGUGAUCGCUUUAUACUCUCCGGUUGCGAAAAGACAGUGGUGUGCGUUGCUCCGUCGGACUCGACAGGCUAUGCUAUCUCGGAGAUUGAUCUUAAAGCCGAAAGUUUCGAUGUGAAAGCAGAAUGUGCUGCUGGUUACUUGGGCACUGCGGCCGUAGCAGCAUGCUCUUCGGAUGCAGAAGAGUAUGUGCUGUCAGGCUGCGAGAAGGACAAGAUAUGCAGUGCGCCUGCAGAUGCAGCAGGCUACGAUGUCACAGAGACCGUCCUUUCAGAAAGCAAAUUUGAUGUGACAGCAGCCUGUGCCGCUGGGUAUUUGGGCACUGCUGUCGUUGAUGCAUGUUCUGAGGAUGGAGCAGCAUACAGCCUGUCGGGAUGCGAGAAAGACAAGAUGUGCACUGCUCCUGCAGAGGCGAGAGGUUACACAGUUACGGAGGCCCAUCUUGCAGGAAGCAAGUUUGACGUGACGGCAGAAUGUGCAGAUGGCUAUGUCGGAACUGCCGUUGCUACAGCCUGCACCGCGGAUGCAGAAGCGUACACACUGUCGGGAUGUGAGAGGGACAAUAUCUGCUCAGCUCCGGCUGAUGCUACCGGUUAUGCCUUAACGGAAGUCGUUCUGCAGGCAAGCAAGUUUGAUGUGACCGUGCAAUGUGCAUCUGGCUAUGUAGGCACUGCUCUUGUGACGGCAUGCUCCUCGGAUGGAGAAGCAUACACCUUGUCCGGCUGUGAGAAGGAAAAGAUCUGCAGUGCUCCUGCGGAUGCAUCAGGCUAUGACGUCACAGAAACCGUGCUUUCCGAAAGCAGAUUUGACGUGACGGUAAAGUGUUCAUCCGGCUAUGUCGGAACUGCCGCCGUGGCAGCAUGCCCUGCUGACGCAGAGCCAUACAUGCUGUCCGGCUGCAAGAAGGACAAGCUCUGCUUUGCUCCAGCAGAUGCUACAGGCUACACAGUCACCGAGAACACGCUUUCAGAGAGCAGGUUCGAUGUGACAGCAGAGUGUGCAGAUGGAUAUUUUGGCACAGCCGCUGUGGCAGCUUGCUCUUCAGAUGGAAAUCCAUACUCUCUGUCUGGCUGCAAGAAGGAGAAGAUGUGCACGGCUCCUGCGGAUGCUACGGGCUAUGCAGUCACAGAAGCCCAUCUUGCAGCGAGUAAGUUUGACGUAACGGCAGAAUGUGCCAAGGGGUAUGUGGGUACAGCUGUGGUGACGGUUUGCUCUGCGAAUGCAGAUGCAUACACUUUAUCUGGCUGUGCGAAGCCUAUGUUAUGUGUCGCAGUGGAAGAUGCUAUAGCCUACAAGAUCACAGAAACCUCCUUGUCAACGAGCAACUUCGACGUAAGUGCCGAAUGCGCUGAGGGCUAUGAGGGAACAGCGAGUGUAUCUCCCUGCUCCAAUGACGGAGAACCGUAUGCAGUAGACGGCUGUGCCAAGAAGCACUAG